AUGUCGUUCAGUGAAAUGAACCGCAGGACGCUGGCGUUCCGAGGAGGCGGGUUGGUCCCCGCCAGCGGCGGCGGCGGCGGCGGCGGCUCCUCGUCCACGAACAAUAACGCGGGCGGCGAGGCCGCGGCUUGGCCGCCGCCGCCGCCGCCGCGAGCGCCGUGGCCCCCGCAGCUCAAUGGGCGGGGGGCCGACGAGGAAGCGGAACCCGAGGGCCUGGAGCCCCACGACCCGGAGGCCGCCGCGGCCGCCGCCAACGAGAGCCCCGCGUCGCCGCUGCCCCCGGACGCGGCCGGCCCCACCUCGCUGGGCGGCGGCGGCGCUGGCGCUGGCGGCGUUGGCGGCGCGGGAGGCCCCCCGCUCGCCGAGAGGAACCGUCGGACCCUGGCCUUCCGCGGCGGCGGGGGGCUCGGCGGCCACCACCAGCAGCACCCCGCGAGCGCGGCGUGGCCCCCGCGCCCCUUGAACGGCCGCGGACCGGCCGCCGCCGCCGAGCUGGAGCUGGACGCGCUCGCCGAGGCCAAGGAGCUGCUGCCGGACGGCGCGUCCCUGAGCGACAGCACCGAGGACGACGAGGAAGGGGCGAGCCUGGGCGGCGACGGCAGCGGGCCGGAGGGCGGCGGCGGCGGCAGCAGCUGCGGCAGCGGCCGGCGCUCGGGCGCCGAUGGCGGGGACGACGCGGAGGGCAGCGGCGCGGGCGACGGCGACGGUGGCGGUGGCGGCGGCGGCGUCCCGCACCUCCCGCUCGUGCGGCCCCAGUCGCUGCUGCAGAAGCUCCAGUGCUCCUUCCAGAGCGCCUGGCUCAAGGACUUCCCCUGGCUGCGCUACUCCCCGGACACGGGCCUGAUGUUCUGCGGCUGGUGCCACCAGCCCCCCGAGGACGCCGGUGGCGGCGGCGGUGGCGGUGGCGGUGGAGGCGGGGACCUGCCUCCCGGCGGGGGCCACGACGAGCUGUCGCGCGGCACCCGCAACUUCAAGAAGACGCUGCUGCUGAGACACCACGUCUCCGCCGAACACAAACUCCACGAAGCCAACGCCCAGGAGUCAGAAAUACCAUCGGAGGAAGGGUACUGUGACUUUAAUAGUAGGCCAAAUGAAAACUCUUACUGCUAUCAACUUCUUCGACAACUAAAUGAACAGAGGAAGAAAGGUAUUCUUUGUGAUGUCAGCAUCGUGGUGAGCGGAAAAGUCUUUAAAGCUCAUAAGAACAUCCUGGUUGCAGGCAGCCGUUUCUUUAAGACUUUAUAUUGCUUUUCAAACAAAGAAAGCCCUAACCAAAACAAUACUACCCAUUUAGACAUUGCUGCAGUGCAAGGUUUCUCAGUCAUCUUGGACUUCUUAUAUUCUGGUAACCUGGUGCUCACAAGCCAAAAUGCCAUUGAAGUGAUGACAGUGGCCAGCUACCUUCAAAUGAGUGAAGUUGUUCAAACUUGCCGAAAUUUCAUUAAAGAUGCCUUAAAUAUAAGCAUUAAAUCGGAAGCUCCAGAGUCUGUAGUUGUGGACUAUAACAAUAGAAAGCCAGUCAAUAGAGAUGGUCUGUCUUCAUCACGGGAUCAAAAAAUUGCCACUUUUUGGGCAACAAGAAAUCUUACCAAUUUGGCGAGUAAUAUAAAAAUUGAAAAUGAUGGUUGUAAUGUCGACGAGGGCCAAAUAGAGAACUACCAAGUGAAUGACAGUAAUUGGGUCCAGGAUGGUUCUUCUGAAUUGGCUGAAAAUGAACCUGAAAAUCAAACAAAAGUCUUUGUUUGGAAUAAUAUGGGCUCCCAGGGAAUUCAAGAAACCGGCAAAACGAGGAGGAAAAACCAAACUGCAAAGAGAUUUGUUUAUAAUAUACCACCUAAUAAUGAAACAAAUUUAGAAGAUUGCUCAAUGAUGCAACCACCUGUUGCCUAUCCAGAAGAAGAUUUACCAUUCAUCAAGGAAGAACCAGAUCUGGACGGUGCUCUACUCUCAGGACCAGAUUGUGAGAGGAAUGUGAAUACAAAUUUAUUAGCUGAAGCCGGCUCUGGUCAGGAUGGAGGUGAUGCUGGUACUUCACAUGAUUUCAAGUUUAGCCUUAUGCCUGGCCCUUCAAGCGAUUUUAAAUUUGGAUUGCUAGCAGGUACUUCAAAUGAUUUCAAGUUUGGAUUGAUGACAGGUGCUUCGAACGAUUUCAAGUAUGGAUUAUUGCCUGACUCUUGGCCAAAACAGGAAACUUGGGAAAAUGGUGAAUCAUCUCUAAUCAUGAACAAGUUAAAAUGCCCUCAUUGUAGCUAUGUAGCCAAAUACAGACGAACACUAAAAAGGCAUUUGCUCAUUCAUACGGGAGUUAGAUCAUUUAGCUGUGAUAUUUGCGGAAAGCUGUUUACUCGCAGAGAACAUGUAAAAAGACAUUCCUUGGUGCAUAAAAAGGAUAAAAAGUACAAAUGUAUGGUGUGUAAGAAGAUCUUCAUGUUAGCUGCCAGUGUUGGAAUAAGACAUGGAUCUCGACGCUAUGGUGUUUGCGUAGACUGUGCAGAUAAAUCACAGCCAGGCGGGCAAGAAGGUGUAGAUCAGGGACAGGAUACAGAUUUCCCUCGGGAUGAAGAAUAUGAGGAGAAUGAAGUAGGAGACGCUGAUGAAGAGCUGGUUGACGAUGGAGAAGAUCAGAAUGAUCCAUCUCGAUGGGAUGAAUCAGGAGAUGUCUGUAUGUCUCUAGAUGAUUAAUUGACCUACUAUACUCCUCAAGGAUGCUGCAUUUGGACUUACUAUGAAUCAACAAUUUGAAUUGUUGAACUUGAAGGCUUGCAAAAUAUGGUACAUGCUGGAUGGUAGUAAUGUUGCUGUGAAAACUGUAGGGUCAAAGCCUUAUAGCAAAAAAAAAUUUUUUUUUUAUAUUUGCACAGGACUGUACAGCAAACAACCUUGUGGUUGGAUUACAUGGAGUCCCCACAUCUUCAGUCAGUUAUCAAAGUAAAGUAUUUUUUAUUUAUAGGUUAUACAGUAACUGUUUGGGUCUCAUAAAAACAGUACCCAUUCUUAAAGAACUUAAAUUCAUGUGCCACUUUUAACAUGAAUGAAGAAAAAUUCGCUUAUGGAGUACAGUGACCCAAUCACUCUGUCCAUCAAACCACUCAGGCUAGUUUGUACUAGUAGAGUUUUGUUUCUAUUUUUAUUUUUAUUAAUUUUAUUUUUUUUAAUACAGAUUUUCAGUGAGGGGCUUUUUCAACCCCGUUGGUUCUACUUUUCUGGGUUUUUUUUUUUUUUCAAUUUUAAUUUGCUACGUAACUUAAAAAACAAGUCUCUUCUAGUCUUAGGUAGUAUUUCUCAAUUUUGUGCUGAUGGGCAUGUUAAUAAGAACUGGAGAGGUAAUUUAUUGGAAUGAACUGACUUUCCUCCAUUCCCCCUUUCCUUGUUGACAUGAAUUUUACUACUUCACAAAUGAAGAAUGACGUUGCAAAGUUACCAUGGAAGUUGACAAAUACCACUAAAAUGAUUAUGAUUUAGAAGUAACUUUCUCCUGCUGCUCUAAUCUGAUAAAUGGUUACAGUAUGACCUUUUCUGACAUGGUAUUCCGUUUUGGGUAUCUGUUACUUUGGCACUAUUCUUGUUUGCCUCUUUAUUUUUGCCAGUGUACUAUACCUCAGUCCUAUUUGAAAAAGCAGAAAUCUAAUUGAGAAAAAGUCAUAGAAACAAUAGUAAAAAUAUUUGUUUUAUAAUUUAUCAUCCAUGUCCAGUUUGAUUAGCUUGUUAUGCAAUAUAAGUGAAAUAACAGGUUUUUAUUCCUGUGCCCUUUUUUAUCAUUAAAAUCAACACAAAAAGUACAUUCUCUUUUGUUUCAUGUUUUGAAAUUAUGAUCAGUUAUUUUUUAAUUUCUUAAAAAUCGCUGCACCUUGAUAUAGGCAGUUAUCCUGGUAGGCCCCAUCAUUCAACGAUCUGCAGAAAUCUUUAAAAUACUGAGAAGCUUUACCACUUAUUAUUGUAACUAAAUUCUUCAGGGUUGAAAAGGGGUGAUUUAUUAAGUUGAAAUUGUCAGGUAACCUGUUGACAUGAGUUAACUGAUUGUUGAACAUUCAGCAUUUCAAAAUAACAUGCACAGCAUUUGUGUAUUAUAAUACGUUGUGUAUUAUAUAAAAUUGAGGAACAUUUUCAGCUUUCUUUUAAAUAAAAUUGAGUAUAAUUUCCUAUUCUAUCAAAUAACUAAAUUCUGCUAGUCAUGCAAGGGGAAAAUUGCAAAGUUCUUCGAUGGACACGGUCCUCUUGGUGCUCCAUCUGAUCAGAUCGGAAAGGUUUUUAAGAGUUAAGCUUUCUCAGUAGAGUAAUGGUUAAGUGGUAGACGUUUCUGCUUGGAUAAAUCAAGGAUAAAUUCCAGUUACAUUUUUAGACCCUUCUUUUGUCAUCUAAACUUUAUUGUACUUUCUCCAUAACUGUAAGACAGACAUGAAGUUUUGGUUUUGUUUAAGACUGAAGAGUAUAUCGUAAUCUGAAUGUUCUAGACAAAUGGAUAAAAUGUAAUUCUGGUGGGGUCCAAAGUAGAAAUUAGUUGGACAAAGAUACUAUGAAUGAAAGUAUUUUAAACGUAAAAUGUUCUGCUUUGUGAAUAUGUAAGUAUAGUAUAAAAGAUUUCUUUCACCCCCAUUUACCCCCUCCUUUAAAAUAAACCAUAGUUUACAAUGGGUAGAUCUGUCUAUAUAUAAAUAUAUAUUAAAGAGAGAAGAUAUAUAUCUGAAAAUCACCUAAAUCUGCUUUAUUAGACUACAGUUCACUUAUUGCAUAGAAACUGGACUUGACGUUACAUUCGUAUGUACUUUUGCUUUUCCUCAAGAUAAGAACUUAAUUCUUAAGCUGAUAUUUCCUUUAUUGCUUAAAUCAUUUAUGUAUAUCUGGUAAAUUAUGACCAAAUUUUUGUUAGAUUGCAUACAGUAAUUGAAAUACACACUUGGUACACUACGGGAUUGUUGUGCUUUUGUUUAGUUUCAGUUGGAAACGAGGUUCGAUGUAGAUGACUUGUUAUUGUUAAUUUAAAAUAUUCUAUUGUCCGUUACCUUUGUAUGUUGUGUUGUGACAGAUUUGGCUAUAUUUUUAGUCAACUGAAAUACGAUACUUUGUUUGCUUUUAGAAAAGGUAAUCCAAAGGAAAAAAAUGUUUAUACUCUUGAAAUAUUUUAGCCUCAGCCUAUAUAAAAUUUUCUUCUUUAAAGUAAGCAUUUUACCAGACAGAAUGGACAGAUUUUCUACUUGCUGACUGCCUAACUUAUUUUGUUUCAUGAUCUCAAGGGACUGCCUUUUCCCUUUUAGAUCUCUUUUUAAAAAAAGUUUUAGUACUAAGGUAUACUACUGGAUGUUUCUAUUUUUUUAAGUAUAUUCUUUUUCUGACUUAAAGUACAAUUUCAGGAAGUUGGUAGAUGCUAAAAAUGUUUGGUUGGUCCCAGAGGUGACUAUGGUCAUAAUUUUGUCUGUGAAGCCCUGGCAGAAUUAUGUGUUCGACAUUUGCUGAAGUUUUCUCUUUUAACUUAUAUUUUAAAUCAAAGAAUUUUAGAGCUUUUCAUUUUAAAGAAGGGGAAUAGUAAAAAGUGUUUCUUUCCUGUUCACUGUCUAGUAGUACGGGCUCUUAAGUCCAGAAAAUGUAUUCUCAGACACGGUUACUUCUGUAUUGGUCCCACUUUCGUUUGGGCCUCCAUUUUUCAUAUUCACUAAAGGUUUUGCUAAAUUGAAAAACCCUAGCAAAUCAGAGCUAAAGAGAUG